UGCUUCCUAUGAGAGGCAAUCAAGAAACAGACGGCAUAUUUUACAGUCGAAGAAGCUUUUCCACCACGACUUUGACAUCGGGCGACUGACUGCUGCUAGCUUGACCUUCUCUCUGCUGCGCGACAAACACAAAGAUGGCUGGGCGCAUGUUUGCAAACUGGUGGUCCAAGAUGGGCCCCUACUACACCAAGGCAUACCCGGAGAUUUGGGUGGGUUUCGGCAUCAUGACGGUUCUCUACUACAAAAUCUCAUACGGAGGAAAGAAAGCUGUGAAGGACACGCCUGCUCAUUAGGUUUUAAAACCUGUUGACCAACCCCACCUGCUGUAAAAUUGACCUCCCCGCCUGGAUUCAUGAACAUCUUGUUAAUAUGGAAUUAAUAAAAUUGUCAGUCAACAAA